AUGACUAGGGAGCCGGCCGCCUCUACGCCCGCCCAGGUCCUCGCGGCCCAGGACGCCGCUAAGCGGGCAGCGAAGAAGUCGCGCCGCACCGACGACAUCCCGGUCUUUGAGGAGGUGCAGGAGAUGUUGCGUAUGUCUGGGCCGUUUGGCGCGUUCCUGUCUGAAUGCGACGACGAGCCGGACGUCGAACUCGAGGCCAAGACGGUGGGCGAGGCUGUGCUCGAGUUGAUCGAACACUACGGCCGCGAGAUUGCCCCCGGUCCCGGUACGAUGCGGUUCGAGCAGCAACAGAACAACGGACGUUGGCGGCUGUCGGACGACUGCACGCUGGAGGAGCUGCUCAAGAACCACCUCGACAUCUCGGACAACGAGAUGGUGCAGUUGCACGACCCGCAUAUGCACGUGCAUGUGCGAGUGACAAUGCGCAAGCCAGCGACCGUGCGGAAGCGUAAGGGCGGCAAGAAGUUCAGCGGCAACGACGAGCUGUGGUUCGACGGAUACUAUGCCGGACUCAAGAAGAUGGGACCAGCCUGUGUGUCCAUGAACGCGGAGACGCGUGCGGGCGACGUCGUAAGGAGCCUGUACGCCCAUUAUGGCGCGACCCUGCCCAGCAAGCCCCGCUUCACUUUCAAAGAGUACGAGCAUGGGCCCGAGGAUCCAAACCCCCUCAUCAUGCCUAUGUGGGAGCAGCAGCAGCGGAUAACGGAAGGCCUCGACUUGCCCCUUGGCGACCGUAUGUUCCGCGCCCUCACUGUGAUUGUUGGCCCCGAGCCGCUACAGGCGUGGAAGGACCCCAACGCCGAGGACUAG